UGAUUCGGUACAGUAACGCGUAGACAACUAAACCAAUCUAGUCGCAAACGACUUGGACAAAUAGUUUUUAAAAGAUGAGCGAUCAACUAGUGAAUAUUAAAUUAGUGGAAGAGAUAGAAAGGCAUCCUGUAUUGUAUAAUCCCAGGCAUCCAGCACACUCGAGAAAGGAUGCACUUCAAAAGGCGUGGAAUUUGGUUUCGAGAAAAGUUAAUAUGCCAGGAGAGGUGGAAGAACCUACGUGUAGUCUUUGCGCGACACAUGAAACCUAAACAGGACGGAAGGCCGAGAAAGGCAUAUUAUCUUCAGGAGGCGUUGCAGUUUGCCGUGCCGUACAUGAAGGCAUUGGCGGGGACAGCAAGUCAAAUAUCCACACCACCAGAGCAACAAGAAGAAGAAGACAACGUGAAAUUUGAGGAAUAUGAAUUGGAAUUAUCUGCAACUUCCCGACAGACAACGCCGUCCCCAUCGCCGUCACCACCACCGUCACAUUCAGCUCCAACUAUAAAUGUAUCUCAAAAACCGCCUCAGUCCUUAAAUAUAACGCAAACCAAGCUCAUCUCGCAAAACGACAGAGUAGAAAAAACGUUCACGGAAUACAGCAGUCAAGGUGUGGAGCCCACAAGCAGCUCUUCAGACCCCGUAGAUCAGAAUCUAAAAGCGGAAGGGUUGAAAAUGUUUCUUCUUAGUAUGCUACCAGAUCUUCUGAAAAUGUCCGAUGGUCAGGUGCGACGAUUCAAGCGCAAAGCUCUGGAUGCUGUUGAUGACAUUCUGUCAACCCGACCCACGGAUCGUUCGCAACAGUCAUUCCCAUCCCAAUACACAACACGCUCACCAUCGGAGUGUCAUACGGAAGUGAUUGAUGAGACACUUUUUGGAGUUUAGCCACAAAACUGUAGAUUCCUGACGACUUUCUUGGUAUUCUUCAACUA